CGCGAGCUACACCCGCCAUGUCCGUGCGCGUAGAACACCGGGAUCGGGAUCGCGAUCGCUUUUCGAGACAUUCUUCCCGCGCUUCAGUCGACCUCGCGUUUCCCAGUGGAUCAUCACGGGACCACUCCUUCCGUUCCGUACAUUCGGGCCGCGUGCCCAGAGUCGCCAGCGAUGAUUUGAUGGUGCCAGUGCGCACCCUUCGCUCUGCCUCGUGUCGUGCCGCUCCCGGGGCGCCCCAUCGCUUACGAAGACACCACUCAUCAGCUGCGGAAUGCGACCGCACGCGCCGCUCUCGUCGACACACGCUGGAGCUGCCCAACAGCCGCGGCCCUAGCGUCCGCAGCCGGUCUCCGGAGCCGCCACCGCCGCAGCCUGUGGAGCCCGAGGUGCCAACUGAAGACGCGGGGAAGGAGGCUCGGAGACGGCGCGUGGUCACCGCUGUGGCAGCGUCCUUCUUCAUGUUGGCGCUGGCGUCGGUUCUGGUGGUGGUGGUGACGCUGACGCACAGCUCUGUGCUCCGGGCACACAACCAAACAGCCAAGUACUACACGUUCUCCGUGCCGCCGCACCAUCCUCUCAUACGGCAGGAGAACGAGCGCCUGAUGCACGACGUCCUUCAGGCGGGAAUCGCCAAUCGCACCCAGUCGUCGGGGGCAUUGCGCUGACGCCGCGCUACUCGCCGCGCCCGCGGCUCGACAACAUCAGGCCGGCCGCCGCCCCCCCGGAGGAGCCCCCCGACUUCACGCCGCACUUGGAGCCCUCCAAUCGUGACUACGGCUUCUCCGUUUCCCUCCACGACGCACAGAACGCUUCCCAAACGGUGAACACUACUCUAGCGGCCCCUGCGUGAGCCGCUGGAUUCCUCUCUGUGAAGUGAACGCACAAUGUGAAGUAAAUGAACUCCUCUAUCCGUAAAGUCGGAGAGACGCUUAGUUAGAUUAUGUGAAUUUGUGAAUAUAAAUGGUUAAAUGUUAUUUGUUAUUCGUGGGAGUGAUCGGGAUAAACACGGUCAGUGCUCCUGUAGGUAUAGAUGAAGUGUAUCAUCGUCGUUAUUGUGGAUAAUUACCCUUUCCUAUAAAGGAGGAUGUAUUGAAUAUUAUUCUAUAUAAUGUAGAUCGACGUGAGAUUUGUAUGCGUUUUUAAAUGUCUCGUCUCAGACUGCAGCAAACAGCACAUUCAAAACUGUUAAGCUUAUUUAAUAUGGUGUUGUAGAUUUUAUUUCUGUAAAGCAAUUUUGGAACGAAACUCUUGUUUCGACCCCUUGUUCAAGGAACGCUUUCAGGUCACUAUCGUUAAUAUAGAUAUGUUAUAGAUACUUAUAUAAAUGUCGGGUACAAUUAUUUCGAUGUUUUAUAUCAUAUUUUAUGAGUACAUUAAAAUUUAUUAAUUUUACGAAUCUCUCCAAGAUAUGUAUGUUAAAUUAUUUCAGAAUCCUGGCUCUUUAACUACGUAUAAUUAUUUAAAUACUGAAUAGUCCUUUACUCAAGUCGUUUUAUGGAUAUGGGAUCAACUUGUACGCAAAGACAAGUAUCUUCGUAUAUUUUCACUCUACAUUUUAAAAUCACUGCAUAACUCUAUUUUUUUAUGACUUAUAAGUAUACUUUGUCUAAAUUAUAAAAUAAAUAGUUAUAUAAUACCUUUCAAAUAAGACCAUUUUAGCACUAAAAUCUAUGUAAAUAAAAUUGGACAUUAAUCAAUAAUCAUGGUACACUAAAUAUUUUAAAACAGUCUCUCAUUACAAAUUGUAAUUAUAUGCUCUAUACUCUAUAGUAUAAUAAAUAAUAAUAACCUUUAUCAACAAGUACGGUCAGCAACGAUGUCCUGUUGUUCAGUUUUCACCCUUUAUUAUAUUAUAUAAUUUAUACAAAACGUUAUCGUUAUUUUUCUCAUUUCUUUUUUCAUUAUUUUAUUGAAUUUGAAUUUACUUUAAUUAUUUAUAGUUGCUAUCAAGUAUCGACUCACAAUGCUGAUUAUGCGUAUAGACUAGGAUACAAUCAUACGUUUCAUUUCCAUUAUGCCCGGUACCAAUCUAGAGAAAAUUACAUUUUUAAAUUAUUAAAAAUUGACAAAAGUCUAAUUAAACAUACCUUUACACGUAAGUUACUUUUAACUAAAAACUAAUUAAACUUAUUUUCCAUGUAAAGUUUACAAAGAAAACCAACAUCCAGACGAUUUAUAAAUUUUAAUUAAUUGCGAUAAAAUUCUUAUGAAAUUGAAUAUGCUAUACUAUGGUUACCAAAACAUAAUCUAAGGAACACAAUAAGUCAAACAUUAGUAAAUAGUCAUUUAAUAAAUACACUUAAAUCACAAUUAUUUAUAAUUACAAAUAUGGACGUCUGCACUCAAUAAUGUAAGGUGAUAAAUAAUAAACCGAAUUCCAUUCACAUCACGUAUACAUUUAUAAAGGGUCAAAAUUUAUCAGCCAAUUUGUCAAAAGUAUCAUAUUCGUGUUAUUGAUAUAUGAAUUUCGGUGAAAGAGCUUAAUUCGAUUCCCCGUCACUGUUCAUGUUGUAUCCAUUGCAAUUGUAACCAAAUUAUCGUUUUUUAAACAUUGUUAAAAUAUUUUAACAAGUAUAUAAUAUGUUUCGAUCUUCUGUUCAGUUAUUAA